AUGGGCAUCCGUGUUCUCGAUGGACACAGAGGUUUCCUCGAAGUUGACGACAAGACACUUGUUUUUUCGAUCAAACCGGCAGUUCCCGUCAAGCAAAUCAUCACCGAGUUGGCAAGGCCAGCGAUGAUAAUCUGGGAUGCUAUGGGUGGUGACGAGAGAAACGAUGAUGAAAGGAACCCAGACAAGUGGCAGUUGUGGACUCAAAAUAGUAAGCGAUUGUGGCACAGUCCCUUUGGAGUCGACCCUGAUUCAUCACGGACGAGGAAAAUGUUGGGCGAGGAGUACCUCGCGUGUCCGUUUCUCGGAGACAGGUUGAACUUUGGACAGCUUGAUGUCCAUAUACGACGGUCAGCCAGAGCAAUACUAGGUGGAAGUGCUCCCCAGACGCCCUCCUCUGAGGUUUCACCUGCUCUAUAUUGA